ACUAACAUUAUUAUUAUCACGGCGCAUCUACCAGUCGACGACAACGACACGACGUGUAGCUUCGCGUCUCCAUUCUCCAUAUGGGUAGGCGCUAAAAUGGCCGGCGGCGCUAUGAUUAUCAGCGCUGAGAUUUCCGGCGCUAUGGUUUCCCAAGCUAUGAUUAUCAGCUCUGUGAUUUCAUAGCUGUGCUUUCCCGCGCUCCGAGCUGAAUCGUAUCUGAAUCCCUUGCUUUACCCAGUGCCCUAGUGCUUGAUAGCCCGAUGACACUUACCAGUGCGAGCCGCAUACGUGUACGUGUACAAUAAUCAGUCAUGUAAGUACCCACGUGGAAGAACCGGCUGCAUCAUUGCAUGCUUUCAGCAGUCCACGAUGGCACGGUAUUUCGAGGACUCUCGCUCUGCUGAUCGCUACGCUAGAUUCAGGCCUCAAUAUCCAGGCUGCUUGCUAGACAAGAUCAAAGACGUCGUCUCGGGUAGAGAUGGAGGAACAGCUGACAAGAACGGUCAUGGUGAAACUGCGUCCAUUGAGGAUCUCCGAGUGGUGGAUGUAGGAUGUGGGGCUGGAGGCUCAACGUUCUUUCUAGCCGAGGCUGGCUUCAAAGAGAUCUGCGGCGUAGACGCCAGCCAGGCGCAGAGGUUCACAUUGGACUGGAAUUAUCGGGUGACGUUGUCCGAGCUGAUCAACUUCAUGAGCAGCUGGACUGCGUAUCCUAUCUACUGCGGCCAGCAUCCAGACAAUACGAUUCUGGAAGACUUUGAGAAGGAGGUACGCAAGGUACUUCAAUCACGGCACCAGCACGGCACAACGCCAGAGAGAAACGGAUCUGCAGACAGUUCGGACGAUGAUCCAACCGUCGAGUUCAAGUUUCCCCUGUUUGGCUUCGCAGGUCGACGGCCAUGCAUGACGUCGACUAACAAGUUAGACGGGUGUGUUCGACUGGACGUUGUUGAUAAGGCAGGGCAGUGAGUUGAGACACAUGUACGAGAGCACUCACUGGGUGACCAAAAGGUGCUGGCCAGACGUGGAAACGACGGUGUGCUGCUAAAAAGAGUCCCCGAAACUGUUCACUCGCUGUGUUAUCUCCUACAUCUACAUCUAGCUUCAAUGAGUCUAACUAGAAAGAAUCUCCACCCUGGAGCUCGCGCUUUUCCGCUGACUUGACUUGACACUUGACUGACUCAAGAAGGUUCGAGGGACUUCUCGUGUGCUCUGCAUGGCAGUCGGGAGUCAGUCAAGUGUCAAGUCAAGUCGGCGGAAAAGACCGAGUUCCAGUGUGGGGAGCAACCCGUUUUAUACACAACCACUACUACCGGUAAUUUAUUGUUGUAACAUCCGAUGCUCAUUUCUCACUUACAGCUACUACAUACCCAAAGUAGGUUCCCCUAUUACCGGUAUGUCCAUGACUGUAUAGACAUCAUACUUCUCUCAUCAACUAUAAUAAUAAUAAUAAUACCCAUUUCAUACCCCCCCCCCCUCUCUCUUUCUUUUCCUUUCUUUCUUCUUCAUACACAUCAGUAAACAUUUUCAUUAUAUUGUGAGUAUAAAUUAUGGUUAUCAAAUGAACGACAAAAACUACGAGUAGGGAGAUCAUGUUCUCAUGGUUCAGUGCG